AAAAGUAUUAUCUAUGACAACGUCACAAUUUGAUAAGUAAAACGUUAAGAGAGAAUGCUUUUUCGUGAUGAUUGAUCAUACACAAAGAGUAUUCAAAAAGUUCAUAAGUGCUUGAGGUCCUUUUCCAUCCUGGAGUGCGCUACUAACAAGAGCUAAUAAGACAUGUUUAGACUUAAGAAAACACUAGAGGUCUCAAGACUCUCAUCAAAACUAUCAUUGGUUAAAGCGCUGGGUACUCAAUCAAGCAUUCAAUCAACAAGUAGAGUGUCAUUCAGCCCAAUACCAGCCGCUGAAUUAAAGCAAACACACUUAAAUCCUUUGGCUGGAAGAAAAUGUCUAGCAGGAUCCUGGAGCCAAACAUUCCCGAAAUACCUAGCGAAUCCAAGGGAAGAUUUCCCGCAUGCUUUGCAGUUAGAAUAUAAUGACAAAGCGAACUUCAAGGAAUUAGGAAAUCUUAGCAGAGAAAAACUCGACGCUAAUCUUCCUCGUGCUGGCGCAGUGUUAUUUCGAAGGACUGGUAUACAAAGUUCGCAGGACUUCAAAGAAUUCAUCCAGGGGAUUGGUUACGAGACCUUGAAAUACGAGGGAGGGGUUGGGAAUAGAUCUGAGGUCGAUUCUCAAAUCUUCAGUUCUACUGAUGACCCACCAGAGCACAACAUUGAGUUACACAACGAAAUGUCAGGAACUCCUUAUUAUGCUAAAAAGGUGAUAUUCUGUUGUCUUCAGCCUCCAAAACCCAACUGCGGUGGUCUCACUCCAAUCUCCAAGAAUUCAGAAAUCUUCAAAAGUCUUGAUCCUGAUGUUGUUGACAUUAUUAAAAAGAGAAAAAUCCGAUAUCUUCGAUACUUACCUGACUCCAAAGAUAACCCUUAUAUGUCCUGGCAGCAGUCGUUUGUGACCGAAGAUAAAAAGGUUGCUGAAGAAUUCCUUCAAAACGCUGGCAUCAACUUUGAAUGGAUCGACUCUACUUGUUUAUGUUUAUGGCAUGUUCUUGACCCCAUUGCGCCCCAUGUAGUGACGGGUCAGCCUGUCUGGUUCAAUCAAAUGGAGUCGCAUCAUAAUUCUUGUUUAAAAGAAUCGCCCAUGUAUCAGGGUUUAGACCUACCAACUCACAUGUAUGCCUUUCACACGCAAUUCGGAGACGGCCAAGAAAUCAAUUCGGAAAUCCUUGAUCACGUGCGAAGCGUUAAUUGGUCCAAAGCUGUUGGUUUUGAUUGGCAGGAAGGUGACGUCAUAGUGAUGGAUAACAUGGCCGUUAUGCACAGCCGGCUCAGCUUUAGUGGCCCGAGGAAGAUUGUAGUUUCGCUGCACAACUAAAACAUAUUAAUUUUAUAAUCAGAUGUAGACUGAUUUCGCCAUUAUUGAGUUGUAGUUUUAGCUCCUCAGAAUUUGGGUUUUUCCAAACAGCGGACAGUGCAGUGUAUUGACUUGUAUAUCAUGGAAUCGCAGAUCAGCGUUAAAUUUGGCACCAAAGACCACACCUUCUAGGAUUGAAUUGGAUGUUAUAAAAAAUACAUAAGGGACUAGGGAAAACAGAAUAUUUUACAGAGAAUACUGUUGUAUCGCGACCUAGAAAGUUUGAAGUUCGCUUGUCGUAUUUUUAGUUUUUACUUUUACUAUAUAAAAUAUAUAGAUAAUAUAUAAAAAAACAAAAUCAUACAUUUUUAUACAAAAUCUCUUAUAGUGAUGAGAUUUUGUGCUCAAAUAGGCCAAAUACAGCUGAUUUAUUGUUUGAAACUUCGCCACUUGUCGCAUACAAAACCCAUGAAUUCGGACAAGACGAUGUUCAAACACUUACCCUGCGAGCAGAGGAAUUUUUCCCCUAUCUAUCUAUUUUCCUUUUCUUCGUAGAAGGGGGUGGAAAAUUACUCUGCUCGCAGGGUAUCAAACACUUUGAGGUCGAGGUGCAAGAAGCUUUUUUUCUGUAAUCAUAUAAAUAACUUACUACACUAAUUACUACAUUCAAGUUUAUAACAAUAAUGUGUCAUCACACGUGCGCCAUGUUUCAUCAAAUGCUUCAGUCAAGGCGUUAAGGGUACAGACAAAAGGUUACCAAAGCUCUGCCUUUGGAAUCAUGAAGUUUUGUUCGGCCUGUUUCACAUUAUCUAAAUAUCAAUAAGAUUCAUAGUGAAUCACAAUUUUAGAGUUUUUUCAACAAAUAGAAUAUUGUAGGUUGUUUAACAAUUUUUUUCAAUAUAAUUAUAUUUUAGCAAAUAGAAAAAGAAUUUUAAAGUAAUUAACACUGAUGAAAACAA